CUUAACUAAGCUAAAAUGGCUCCUGUUUACAAACUAAAGUUCUUUAAUUUCAUGGGUGUUGCUGAACCCAUAAGGUACUUGUUUGCCUUUGGUGGUAUCAGCUACAAGAAUAUCGAAAUUGAAGACGCUGAUUGGCCAGAUGUGCAGAAAUCGGUUCCUUUCGGCAAGCUGCCAGUGUUGGAAGUAGACAAGAAGGUGCUAUACCAAUCUGUGGCCAUCAGCCGCUACCUUGGGAAGCUGGUCGGCUUACUUCCAAAUGACGACUUGGAAGCAGCUGAGCUUGAUGCUAUUGCGUUGACUGUCUUCGAUUUUGGCACCAAGGUUCACGAAUGGUACCACGAGCAAGACAAGGAGAAGAAGUUGUAUCUGCAGAAGGAGUUGGAGGAACGCUGGUGCCCGAGAUACCUUGGUGACUUGGAAGAGAUCGUAAAGCAGAAGGGAACGUACUUCGGAGGACAGAAACUAUCCUGGGCUGACCUCUACUUCGUGGGCAUCAUGGAAUCAAUCGAGGGUAUGUGGGGCUCCAAGAUUCUUGAGAAGCAAUACCCGUCCCUGUUUACAAUCUACAAGCAUGUUCACGAGAUCCCUGCUAUCGAAACCUAUGUCAGCAACCGUCCUCAUUACAAAUAUUAAAAAUGUAUUGGAUAAAUGAUUUGUGAUUGAACGAAA